UCCCACAAACCCAUAUAUACCCAGAGUGGCUUGAAAGAAUCAAAAGUCCAGGCCUCCCCAUCUCUUUAAACCCUAGCUCAACCCUACCCUUUUGAUCCUUUCCUUUGCUUUUGUCCAUUCUUCGAAUUACUUGGUUCUUGGGUAUUUGUAGCUUUGGUGAAUAUGUCGGACGAUGAACGAGAAGAGAGAGAGUUGGAUCUCACCUCGCCUGAGGUUGUUACCAAGUAUAAAACCGCUGCUGAAAUUGUCAACAAGGCCUUGCAGGUGGUGCUGUCGGAAUGCAAACCGAAAGCCAAGAUUGUAGACGUAUGCGAAAAGGGCGAUGCAUUCAUCAGAGAGCAAACUGGGAAUGUAUACAAAAAUGUCAAGAAGAAGAUCGAGAGGGGUGUUGCAUUUCCGACUUGCAUUUCAGUAAACAACACUGUUUGUCACUUCUCACCACUGUCAAGUGAUGAGACAUUGUUGGAAGCAGGUGAUAUAUUAAAGAUCGAUAUGGGAUGUCACAUAGAUGGGUUUAUUGCAGUAGUAGCCCAUACUCAUGUUCUCCAAGAUGGGCCAGUGACAGGUAGAGCAGCUGAUGUUAUUGCAGCAGCAAACACUGCUGCUGAAGUUGCAUUGAGACUUCUGAGGCCUGGAAGGAAGAACAAGGAAGUAACAGAUGCUAUUCAGAAGGUGGCUGCUGCCUAUGACUGCAAGAUUGUUGAAGGUGUUCUCAGUCACCAACUAAAACAGUUUGUGAUUGAUGGGAACAAGGUUGUAUUGAGUGUGCCCAGUGGUGAAACCCGAGUUGAUGAUGCAGAAUUUGAAGAGAAUGAAGUUUAUGCAGUUGAUAUAGUCAUCAGCUCUGGUGAUGGAAAACCUAGGCUGUUGGAUGAGCGGCAAACAACCAUAUAUAAAAGAGCAGUGGACAAAAAUUAUCACUUGAAAAUGAAGUCGUCAAGGUUUAUCUUCAGUGAAAUAAAUCAAAAGUUCCCCAUCAUGCCAUUUACAGCCAGGGCUUUGGAAGAGAAGAGGGCUCGUCUGGGUCUAGUGGAAUGUGUGAACCAUGAUCUUUUGCAGCCAUACCCUGUUCUCCAUGAGAAGCCUGGUGAUUUUGUUGCCCAUAUUAAAUUCACAGUUCUGUUAAUGCCAAAUGGGUCGGACAGGAUCACAUCCCAUCCUUUGCAGGAGCUGCGGCCCACCAAGACAAUAGACAAUGACCCUGAAAUCAAGGCUUGGUUGGCACUUGGGACAAAGACAAAGAAGAAAGGUGGUGGGAAAAAGAAGAAAGGUAAGAAAGGUGACAAAACAGAGAAUUCAGGCGAAGCCGAACCCAUGGAUGCAGCAUCUCAAGAAUGAGGAAUUUUCCAUUCUCAGAGCUUGUUUUGGCUGGUUGCAGACUUGCAGUUAAAAAGGUUCCUAGAAGGAGAACCCUGACAUGAAGCUCUGUUGGGGGUUCUGGUGUGUGUGUGUGUGGGGGCUGGGGUUGGGGUUGGGGUUGAUGUAAUAUAAUGCACAUACGCAUCCUUUCCCCAUUCCAAUACUUGUUCCUCUUAACUUUCCAAAUUGUCCACACACAGUGUGAAACAAAGAGAUGCAUAAAUAUUUUUCAGGCUUCAAAAUACAUGUUCAAGAUGU